GGUUGUUCGGCGCAUAGAGCGAAUACGCCCACGAGCCCCUCUCGGGAUCCAGUGGUCAGUAUAAAAUGACACGACCAUAGCCCAAUUUACACCAAGAGUCCCAGAGUUCCUCGUCUGCUCUAAUUGCGCUCCCUCGUCGCGUCCGAUCUUUCAUUCCUUACCCACUCUCGCUCAUUGUUCUGGAGAAAUGCUCGGACUUGCGUCUUUCAUCAGUGUAGCGUUCGCCGUUCCGAUACUUGCCGCACCUCACCAACGCAGGACCACUUACAGUGGCGACGGAACCUUCUUCGAUGUUGCCCUUGGUGCAUGUGGGCUCAACAAUGUCGCGACGGACAUGGUCGUAGCUGUUUCGGAGGACAUGUACGACACAUGGCCAGGCGCAACUGCCAACCCCAACCUCAACCCGAUCUGUGGCUCUGUCAUCAACGCGUUCUAUGAAGACAAGGAAGUCACCGUGACCGUAGUCGACCGGUGCACCGGCUGCGCAUUCUACGACCUCGAUUUCUCUCGUGGGGCAUUCGACCAGCUCGCCGAUGAGAGCCUAGGACGCAUCCAAAUCACCUGGGAAUGGGCCAGCGACGUUUCAACUACCACUACGACGGCCCCAACCACGACGACCACUACUCCCACGACCACUACGGCCCCGACAACCACCCCCACGACGACAAGCACGACAACUACCGCGCCCGCGACAACGACUACUGCCAGCAGCGGUAGUUGCUCAGGCGCAUCGGCCUGGGUUUCGACUACGGCCUACAAUGGUGGAUCGGAGGUCACUUACAAUGGCCACCUCUGGACCGCAAAGUGGUGGUCUGAGGGCGACACUCCCGGUGGCAUUGCUGACGACUGGACCGACGACGGCGCAUGCUAAACGCUGGAGAUCGCACAAGACCCAUCUUUCAAGUUCUAUGAGCAUGGCAUUGUUCACUUUCAGUCAUUACUCUUCCAUCACCAACAUCCAAUAACUUAUUCAUAUCUCCACUGUCUUUUAUCGUUGGGCUCAUCGGGUUUCAGGAUCGUUAUUUAACUUAUUUAUUUGAGUACUUGUGCUCCUGGCUAUAUUCAAUCCACUUCGUCGUUCUUUAUUUCGAAAUUUUGGGUAGCUGCCGCAGAGCCAGCCUUUGCUUUCCUUUGUGUUGUACUAUCGUACGUGUCGGAAAAUGCUAUCGUUUGUAGUGCUACCCGAUUUAUCCAAAUGUCUCUUUUUGGAGUCAGAGCUCUAUGUGUAGCUCU